AGACACAGGAAAGAGAUCCCAACAGCAGCGCCCGAAAGUGCCGGAGCCCAGCACCCGAAAGUGCCAAAAGCACCGCGCUAGAGCCAAUGCACACUGCUGGAGCAGGCUUGCCAGGAGCCCAGCCCACCUGGGGACCACCGACCCCGCAGCACUCGAGGGCUCUGCGCUCCCUCCCGCUCGGGGACCCCAGCCUCCCACACCCACAAGACGAUGGAGGACACAUCUCUGAGCCCAGACCCCACGCUUUUCCCAACUCUACCAGCGGGUCUUCUGUCUGCCAAAAGGCACUGCACCUACCCAUCCUCCUCCUCCCACCCUCACCACUGGAACGCGGUGGUCAGAAGGUGGGGGAUGUGUGGAGGCUGCUUGGCUGCAGCACUGGAGGGUCUUUACAGCCCCAGACCACAGCAAGGACAUAAAAUGUACCAACUCCAACCCUUUGCAUUGAGAUUUCCUAAACCCAUACUGAAAUAAGUAUAAACAAAAAAGCAAGAGCCUUUGAAAAUGCAUUUGUGAACAGAUGGAGGCUGAACAUUAAAAUCACUGUUUUGCCGACCAGGAGGAUAUAUUGACGCCUUCAAGGAGAUACCAUUUCUUAACACAACACCGUUAUGUAGCACCAUUCACCAUUUUCUGUUUUAAUUUCUCAUUUACUAUGUGGACUUUGGAUGAAAAUUAAAACUUGACAGAAAGACAAGAAGCCAAGCUAAAACCGAAACUCUCCGGAUUGCAAUCAAUACACCAGCAGCACCACCCGGGAGACGGUAACCAUGGCAACGGACCGAAAAGCAAAGGAUGCUGCGGACCAGCCCCGGCUCCCCGGUAGCAGGAGGAGAUUCCUUCAUCCCAAACGAGUCUGCCAUGGAACUGUUCUGCCACACCCUGUGCAAGGAAGCCGGCCCCCAUUUCUCAGACGGACUGAAGGUUUCCAGCACCACACUGAGGAAAAAGCAGCCAGAUGCCCAGGAGGAAGGAGGUGCCGGCGCUGGGCAGCCUUUGCCUGCAGAGCCUGGUCCAGCACAUGCAGAGCGUCUGGGUGAAGGACUACAGCGAGAACUACCUGGAUGAGUACCAGUUCCGCUUCGUCAUGGGGCCCUUUAACGACCUGGCCGGCAGUUUGGUGCAGGACCUGAUCCGGCUGCUGGGUGAGAGCCGGCGCCUGACACGGGCGGCACUCCACCUGCUCCUGCUGCCUCACCUGCGGGAGCUGAGCCUGCGCCCUUGCUCUGGCCUCACCAGCAACGCCAUCGGCCAGCUCGUCGCCCUGCGAUGCAAGAACCUCAGCUCCCUGGACCUGCACGGCUGCAGCCGACUGUCGGCAGACAUGCUGGUGGACCUGGUGGAGGGGCUGCCACAGCUGAGCCGCCUGGGGCUGGCGGAGACGCAGGCCAACGUCCAGGUGCUCUCAGCCAUUGGCUCCUGCUGCCGGCGCCUGCAGGAGCUGGACGUGUCCCACUGCAAGAAGGUGUCCCCACGUGCCCUGCAGCACCUGGCCUAUGACCCGCUGGCACAGUCCCUCUGCUGCCCCGUGCUCCGCAUCCUGCUGGCCCGCGGCCUGGAGCCCACGGAGGAUGGCGGCAUGGUGGUGGCGCUGGCCUUCCUGCUGCUGGCCCUGCCACGCCUGAAGUUCCUGGCACACGGCGCCGUGCCAGAUGCCCUUCGCCUCCUCCACGGUCGGCAGCUGGACGGUAUGGGGGACACUGAGGGCUUCCCCUCGCUGGAGGAGCUGGGGCGGCGGCGGGGGGCUGCCCCAGGGGGGCCCUGGCUCACCCUGCCCCUGCGGCAGGUGGAGGAGGUGGAGGAGCCCACCCUGGCUGCCAUCCACGCCAUCUGUCCCCAGGCCGAAGAGGUCAGCGUGUGGCUCGGGGACGGCCCAGGCCCGGCAGGUGGCUGGGAGCUGCUGGGCUGGGGCCGCCUGGCCCGGCUGACCCUGGGCUGUGCUGGGCGGCAGGGCCGGGUGCUGGCAGAGGUACUGCCGCUGGCGCAGAGGCUGGGCCCCCGCCUGCAGACCCUGGCCCUGCACGGCUUCUGCUGCCAGGACGAGCUCUCCUUGGCCGCCCUCCUCGCCAGCUGCCCUGGCCUGCAGGCCUUCAGCGCUGAGCUGCAUGCCCCGCCGGACACCGACCCCAACAGGGAGACCCUGGCCGAGCCACCCCACUGGGACACUGACCUGCUACCCCACGGCCUCCCCCAGCUCCAGAGCUUCUCCCUAGCCCUGGCCGGCACCACCGGCAUCUUCUCGGCCCGGCACGGGCUGGCGCUGCGUGCCACGCUAGCCUCACUGCUGUGCCAUGCCCCGCGCCUACAGACCCUCCGCCUGCUCGGCGUCCCCUUUCCGCUGGACUCGGUGUUUGAGACGGUGCUGGCAGCACCGGGGCCACCCCUGCUCGAGCUGCAGGAGCUCUCGCUGGCCGAGAGCCAGGUGUCCAGCCAGACUGUGUGGCUGCUGCUGGCCUCUGAGGGCUGCCUGCGCCGCCUGGACCUGUCCCACUGCCAGGACAUCCACCGGCGGGACUACGACAGCUUCCUGCAGGCGGUGCGGAAACAGCAGCUGGAUCUGGACAUCACCUGGGAGUAGCUGGCGCUGGCUGCACAGGGCUUUUUAAUAAAGCAUUUACACCACA